CACUCAGUUGUUGAGUCAGUUUAUAGCUGACUAAAUGGACUGCUUGCAGUAGUGUUAACAUAUGGCAUGAAUUACAAACUAAAGAACAUGGCCUCCAGUUCCUUUCACAGCCAUAUUCGUUAUGGACGUAAUUGUGCAAAAAGGAAGAUCCUAUCAUUGUGUAUUUCAUAGUAAUGGUAAAUCAAUAUGGCAGCGGGAACUAGAGUUAGGAACACAUUCUUCCAGGUCCUUUAGCAGGGAUCCGAGUUGUCGUCCUGCAGUAGGAGUGUGACCUUAUCAGAAAAAUCAUUUCUCCUUAUCAGGGGUGGAAAAUUAACGGAAAGGGUUUAUGUAUUAACAGAUUUGUUAUUGAUAUCAGUGGAUUUACUCGGUCUACUUCUGUCUUACAAUGGCUAAUUUCCUGUGACAUUUUGUAUGCAUGGAUAGCAUGUAUUUACAGAUGUCUAACAAGGGCUAUAAACAUACACACCUGGAGGAGGAUGAAGCCUCGGAGAACAGUGUCCCAGGGGCCCUGGACUUUGAGACGGGGGUGGUGGUGAGGAACAACCUAUUUUCCUGGCAGAGGAAGACGCUGCUGGAACGGGUGCUGAUUGUUUUAUGUCUCCUGCUCAUGCUCACCGUCCUCAUCAUGGCCAUCGUCAUGGCAACUCAGAGCUCCAGCAACCAGACCGACACACAAACAUCCAAGCUACAAAAAAUACAGAUUUGUAAAGAAUGUGGGAAGAUCAUUCCAGUCAUUAAAACAAACUACACAAAGAAGUGCCCCACCCCCUCUGCUGUGACCCCUGGUCCAGCCCCUACCUGCCCUGGGCCUCCCUCCGUAUGUUUGACCCCUGCUUGUGUGACUGUUGCGGCCUCUCUAUACAACUCUAUGGACACCACAGCAGACCCCUGCGAGGAUUUUUACCAGUAUGCCUGUGGGGGCUGGGUGGAUAGUCACCCCUUGCCUUCUGGACACUCACGCUGGGGGACAUUUAAUGUGCUCUGGCAGGAAAAUCAGAUUGUGAUGAAAAAAGUCAUAGAAAAGCCAUUAAACAAAACAGCGAGUUUGGCAGAAGUAAAAGCUCAAAAAUACUAUGAAUCUUGCAUGGAUCGCAACAAGACGAUAGAAAAAUUAGGAGGCCAGCCGCUGCAGAAAUUGUUAUCUGGGAUAGGUGCCUGGCCAAAACUUAACGAGACAACACACCUAGACAUCCAGGACUAUGUGGAGAAAAUCAAAGCCUACGGAAUAAAUAUUCUGUUUGCUAUCUGGGUUGGAGUCGAUGACAGAAACUCGUCAGUCAAUAUUCUACAGGUUGAUCAGGGUGGCUUAGGAUUGCCGGAGAGGCAGUAUUAUCUAAACGAAUCGGACAAAAAGGUUUUGAACGCCUACUUGGAGUACAUGACGAAGGUGGGGGUAUUGAUGGGAGGUGAGGAAAACGUCACGAGGAAACACAUGCAGGAUGUGAUAGCUCUUGAGACAGAGCUGGCGAAUAUCACUGUUCCAAGUGAAGACAGACGAGAUGAGGAGAAGAUCUAUCACAAAAUCACCGUGACUGACUUGCAGGGAAUAGCACCGUUUUUGAACUGGACCAAAUUUUUUGGUAAAAUGAUGGCAGUGACAAACAUAACUCUAGCAACUGAUGAACCCAUUGUCUCUUUCUCCUCCGACUUUCUCAGAAAGAUGUCUGCUAUCGUCACAACAAAGUUACAAACAGAGCAGGGCAGAAGGACGUUACAGAAUUAUCUUCUUUGGCACAUUGUCAGUUCUCUGACAUCAUACCUAUCAAAACCAUUCAGGAACGCUAAGAAAAUUCUAACGGAGGCUUUAUCAGGCACCACGGGAGGGGAGGAAUUAUGGCGAUACUGUAUCACAGACACGGACGGGGUGGUGGGAAUGGCUCUGGGGGCGAUGUUUGUCAGAGAGGCCUUCCAAGGGGAAAGCAAGCAAAAGGCUGAGAAAAUGGUCAAUGAAGUGAAAUACGCCUUUAAGAAGAAUCUUCCCAAUUUGUUGUGGAUGGAUGACGAGACGCGGCAGGCAGCCAAGGAAAAGGCAAAUGCAGUGAUUGAUCUCAUUGGUUUCCCAAGUUACAUCAACAAUAAUACACAGCUGAACAAGGAAUACCAAGCUUUGGAGGUCAAAGGAGAUGAAUACUUUCAGAACAACAUCAGGAACAUGUUGUUUGUUGUUAGGAAAGACCUACAGACACUGAGGUCGAAACCCAAGAAAAACCAAUGGGAUAUGACCCCGCCCACAGUGAAUGCAUAUUACACACCCACCAAGAAUGAGAUCGUUUUUCCAGCAGGAAUCUUGCAGGCUCCAUUUUAUGAAAUUGACUACCCAAAAUCGUUGAAUUUUGGUGCCAUGGGAGUUGUGAUGGGCCAUGAACUGACACAUGGAUUCGAUGACCAGGGAAGAGAAUAUGAUAAAUAUGGCAACCUCCAUUCCUGGUGGAACAACCAGUCCAUCGUCAACUUCCAGAACAGGACUCAGUGUAUCGUAGACCAGUAUUCACAAUACAAACUGGGCAAUAAUUACGUUAAAGGAAAGCAGACUCUGGGGGAAAAUAUUGCUGACAAUGGAGGACUGAAAGCUGCCUAUCAUGCGUUCGAGUACUGGCUGAAACAGAACGCAGAAGAACAGCCUCUUCCAGCUCUCAAUCUCACACACAAACAGCUGUUUUUUCUGGGAUUUGCACAAGUGUGGUGCUCCACAAGUACCGCAGAAGCUGACCAUUUACAGAUUCUUACUGACCCUCAUAGUCCAGCCAUCUACAGAGUAAUAGGAACUUUGUCCAACUCUAAGGAGUUUGCGGAGCAGUAUAAUUGUCCAGUGAAUUCCAAAAUGAAUCCCCAGAAGAAAUGUGAAGUGUGGUAGACCUAAUAAAUGUUGGAAUCUUCAAAAGGAAUGCAAUCUCUAUAGAGCACAAUUUUUUUUAUUGGUUAAAAGCAAACACUUUUGUAUUUAAUAUGAAAUCCAAAGGACAAAUCACAUCAUCGACAUGUCUCUGAAGUCUCCUGAGUAACAUCGGGGGGGGGGGGGGGGGGGGGGGGUGUCUUCCUGUGGUCCUUGACCUUCAGUUCUCAGUAAAUUAGCUUUUCAACUUUUCUCCAGAAUCUACUCAGCCAGUGUUUUUGCUGAAAUUGGUUUGCAGUAUCUACUAGAGCAAGCCAGAAUAAGAAAAACAAUCACUAAAUGUGAAAGUCCUCGCCACCUUGGGAACGAAGGAAUGGGAUUAGUUAAAACCUAGAAAAAAUAGUUCAGUUUUAAAACUGGUAUGUAGAGGGUUGGAGCCUCAGGGUGAAAUGAAGAAGACAGUCAUGUGACAUGUUUGAAUGACCUUGCAAUAUAAUGAAUGAUGUCACAGAGCAUGAUGUGUGUUUGCAGAAAUCCAAUGGUAUUCAGUUUGACUUUGAAAGUUUAAUUUUUUACUUUAUCAACAUGCAACAUUUCUAAUUUAAGUUUUACAUUGAGUGAUAUAAAGUUGACUGUUAAAGCUCUUAGGCCUCUUGUUUGUUUUUGUUCUUUGUUUCUUGUAAUAUUGCUCAUGCUUUUGAGGAACAAAUAUGAGUGAAUUAUAUUCUUUAUUUUUUUUAUGUUAUGAUAUUUUGAUUUUUUUAUUUAAAAAAUUAUAAUGAACAAUGUAUUUUGAACAGAGUACUUGGUCCCUGAAAAUUGGUACAGUUUCGAAUUAAUCAUCUCGUACAUUUUAUAUUUAUUUACUGGCAUUAUUUUAUAAUCAUUUGCAUGAUAAAAAUUGUUAUUCCAUGCAUUGUUGAUCCAGGAGUUUAUUUGGGUAUUCUAUACUAAAAUAUGUCACUGUCUUGUCAUCAACAGAAAAGGCUAUCAAAUCUAUAAUAGGUUGCUAGAGUACCUAUGUAUCUAUGUAAAUCUAUAAUAGGUUGCUAGAGUACAAAAAUCUAUGUAAAUCUAUAAUAGGUUGCUAGAGUACAAAAAUCUAUGUUCAGAAAUAGUGUUUGACAUGAUCUUUGGAUAUUGUUUUACAGAUAUAAUUAUAUCAGUAAAAUAAAAAAUAAAAAUAUUGCAUGGAAAUGACACAUAGAAAAUGUAAUUUACAUGUGAAUGCACACAGCAUCAUGGACAGAAAUUGCAAAGCUUAAGAUUAUUUAAAACUUGCCAAUUAUUUUUAUGUAUUUGUUGAUGAUUUGAUAUCAGUCUGUUUUUGUUGACGUGUUUGGGCAUAGAUUUUCUUAAUGUGGUAUAUAUCUAGUCAAAUAUUGAAUUCCAUACCAAGUAGUGGAUCACCAUGGUUUCUCAUGUUCUAUAUUCCUAUUCGUGUGAUAAGCUUUCAUGUCGAAUCUCAAAUUAUUAUUUACGUGUGUACAUGUACAAGUAGCAAACUGCUUUAUAGUGCGUAUGUCCCAUUUACCUUGUUGAUAUAUUUAGUUAUCAAAGAGGCACAAAACAUUUUUCAAUUUUAUAUUAAAUUUGUAAAUUUUACAAAAAUCACCACUUGUGUGAAUUGAAUAUUUCAUGCACAAAGCAAUAUUAAUUCACUAUCAUUUAGAUUUUGAUAUUUUGGACCUUUCCACACUUUGUUUCAAAAUGAUGACGUUGCAAUGCUAUAUAUACAUGCUAAUCAUUAAUACAUGUACAUGUUUUCCACAAAUUUUAUAGUACUGUCCAUUUAUAUAUAAGUAUAAAACAUGUUUUGAAACAUUUGUAUUCAGACACUUUUCAUUCUGUUAACUGAUGUGUUCAGGUUAUAAUUGCUUAAAGAACUGUUUGUGAAAAAAAUAUUUUUGAACAAUAUUUAAGAGUCUCAAAUCAAAUUAAAGAUCAAAAUAUUCAUAAAACAAACUUGUUUUUUGGUGCCAAAGGGGAAAGAAAGAACAAUUUACUUAUCUCACAUUUAGUGAUGUGUGGCUUAAAAUUUCUAUGUGCAUGUCAACAAGUUUUAAUGGGUACCUAUAUCAACAUUAUUCAUGAGAUAUGAUAUUAUAUUAUAAUGAGAUGGAACAUGACAUAAUUUAAAGGUGAAAUUUAUAUAUAUAUACACACUGUAUAUAGGUAGUUGACAACAUUAAAACAGUACAUUUUAUUUUUAAAAAUCAAUCGCGAUACAGUCAGUUAUUGAUCUUUAAUGACCCAUCCGAUUUGAUGAUGCACAGUCACAUGCACACCCCACCCCCUUUAAAAUGAUUAGAUAUUUGAGAAUUAUUAUUAUUAUUUCUGAGUUGUUGAUUUUUUUUAUUUCCUGUAUUAUCUAUUGAUGUUUCACAAACUGAUUGUCACAUUAAAGAAAAUGUAUUAUGUAUCUACCAAAAUUUGAAUCACUGUAUUGAAGAAUUUUAACAGUUGAACAUAGUAGUGGCUUAAUAAUUUUGAAUUAUAAUACUUUCGUCAUUUUGAAUUCUAGUACUUUACCUACAUGUAUUUAAAGUUGAUCGAUCCUCAUGUGAUGUCAUAAGUUUUUGCAAAAAUCUUUUUAAUCUAAACUUUGUGCAUGAUAGAAAUAUAUCUUUCUGAGGAAUUUUAUUCACUGCAUAAAAUAAAAGAUUUAAUGAACUAUUUAUACUUAAAAGGUUUAUAUUUUCCAUAGAAAAUCAAUUAUUUAUAAUUUUAAAAUGUUGUCAAGGGCAAUAACUCCUAUGCUGGUAUUUUUUCUACUGCAUGUCUAUUAUACACAAUUUCUCCAAUAUCCACAAUUGAUUUAUACAAAUUAAUGAAUUAACAGUUUUCUUAAACUGUUGACAUUUAAAAUUUGUCAUAUCAACAAUUUUUUAUCUAUUUUAAUUAUUCUGUGUAACGAAAAUGGGUGAUUUUCUGAUAUUAACAUAUACUUCAGUUUUUGUAUGUCCGACAUCUUUAAAAAGGUGGCAACAUACACAUUUUUCUUCGGUUAUCAAUCAAAUUUAACAAUAUUGAGUGGAAAUUAAACAGUUUUUCCACUUUCAACCAUCAAUAUUAAUAAGUCACACGGGGAUCGAUCCACCUUAAAAGUGUAUAGGAAUUGACUUUAGUAUGACACAGUCAGCAUUGUUAAGUUCUCAUACAUGUAUAAAAUUACAUGUAUCUCAUUCAAGUGUAAACAACGGUAAAUAUGACGCAGUCAUUAGCGGGAUCACAUUGUACAUAGUUGUUGAUCAUUGGUCCUCAGUAAAACAUUUACUGUAUAUACAUGUCCUCAGUCAUUAUGUGUAUUUUGUGAUGAGUAUUUAAUAUUGUAUUGAAAUCCAUGGUUAUUGUGACUGUGAUUGAAGUUAAAAUAAACUGAUAUUUAAUUUU